UAGAUUUGGACACUUUUCGUGUAUACGGAAUUGGGACACUGUCCUGUUCUGUGUUAAGGAGCUAAAUAUCAGAAGAGAUCACAGAAAGCGUCAGCAACAAAACUAAAGAAAGCGGUUUCACAGACCGAGAAAUCCCAAUCCUAUGGCAGAGGAAGGGAAACCCGAUGAACAGCUCUUUCAGCUUCUCUCCAAUCUUCUCCACCAGGUGGAAUCACUGACGAAUCAAGAAGAAGUUGAGCUGCGUUCUAAAAUUGAAACUCUUGGAUUAGAGGUUACAAAAGUUCCUUCAAAGUCAACGCAGCACCUUAACGAGUUGGAAAUAGCUGAGGAGUUGGAUAAAUUAUCAGCAAGAUUGGAUAAUCUUGAUGAGAUGAUAUCAUCAUCAAUGGCUUCAGAUCCACAGGUGCAGUCACUCUUGAGUGAUACAGCCGAUGUGUGGAUGCCAGUUAUCACUGCUACUUCUGAGGAAAGGCGCAACUUCACAGCGGCUACUGGAGACAGCACCCUCCAAACUGAUGUGGAAAAGUCUAAAUAGUUUCCUAUUUUCUUGUCUUUGAAUAUGGACAUGUUUCUAUUGCUUUACAGUAUACUAAUUCAUUUAUUUGUAAUAGACUGAGCUACAUAAUAGUAAAUAAAGUGUUUCAUUAUAUUGUUCUUUUUA